AUGGACCCCGUUGCAACACCCUCCAGGAUAUCCAGAGUCGAUUCGCGCUACCGUCACCGCGCGCAAACCGUCCCGCCCCAGAGCGAACCUGUGCCGCAAUCUGAAGAGAAAGAGGAGGAAUCAAGUCAGGACGACUUUAUCCCUGAGCUGAGAGCCAGAGACAGCAUGAGCAGAGGCCAUCGCUUCUUUCACCGUCGCGCUGCCCUGGGCAACACGAAGGUUGUCACUGUCGCCGUCGAAGUAGUCGGAACCGUCGAUACCAGCGGAAGCACUGCUUCCUUGUUUUCAUCAUCUUCAUUCGUCUCCCUUGACAGCAUCUCGGCGUCAACUUCGACUGACCUGAUUGCGACCAUCGCAGCAGCCCCGACUCUCUCGACAUCUUCAUCGGCAUCACAAUUCACGUCCUCGUCCGACGCAUCGUCAUCUUCUCAAACUUCAGCAGAAUCUGCUUUCCCUAGCAGUACCGUCAUCUCCUCUGAUGCUGCGUCAACAACAGCAUACUAUGGUGGCGCCGGUGGGGACGCGUCUGGAACGGCGGCUGCCCCUGCUGCCACCACAGCAGGCAUCUCAGAUGCUGAUGCUAACACCUCUCCUCCUCUACUUGAAACCCCACAAGUUGUCGGAAGUGUAGUGGGUAGUUUGGCUGGCGCUGCGCUCAUUCUCGCCAUAAUACUGCUGCUGCUUAAACGUUACAAGCGGAAGCAGGGCGGUGCUCUACAACUCACUGGCGACGAUCACACCGAUAACAACCAGUCGAUGAGGCAAGCACCCACCACAGCUAGUACCUUGGUUCCUGUCGCCUUCCUGAACCGUUUUUCCGGUCUGUCAGGCAAGACUGCGGAAACCAACCUCAGUGGUGGUGAACGCAGCUUUCAACGAGUCUCAGGGCGCAAGCUUCCAUCCGCUUUCAGCGAGGGCAUGACAUCGGAUCAGUUCUCUCGUGGCGGCACAAUGUCUGGAUCUUCUUUCUACCAAGAUGAACACGGCACGUAUGGCGGUCCCGGCAUGUCAAAAGAGUUUGGCAAGGAGAUCGGUGACAGCCCAACGAACCGAGAGUCAGGACCCAUGAACAUUCGACCCAGCCCAGCCAGGACACCAGUCAUACGGCAUCCUGAUGAUGGCAACCCCUUCGCGGACCGCCACUAUCUCAGCCCGCCACAAUCUCCAAAUCCUGAUGCCCCACCCAGAGGCACUCUUGGUAGAAGUCUGCCUUCGGCGGACGGAUCCAGGUCAUCUCGGUUUACAGAGAACGUUUGA